AUGGAGGACUCUAACAAUUAUGGCCACCAACAUCCCCUGCUUCUUAUCUUGAAUCAAGACCAGAUGAUCCACAAUCAAAGCGGUGUAACUGAUUGCUCCAGGUGUGGGGAGAAGGUCUCUGCUCCAUGUUUUUGCUGUGCGGAGCACUGUGGGUUUUAUCUUCACAAGGUAUGUGCCGACGCACCUUUGGAGCUUAAUCAUCCUUUUUAUCCUCUUGUUCUUCUGCAAGAGCCACCAUCUUCUUACACAAGAUGUGUUUGCGAUUUCUGUGAUGAAAUAUGUGAGAAAUUCAUUUAUCACUGCUCUUGUGAAUUGGACUUUCAUAUUAAAUGUGCUUUGUUUACAUUUAAUAUUGCUGAGAAUAAUUUGAAAGAGCUUGAGCAUGUUGCCCUUCAACAUCCAUUGAUUCCCACUGAAAAUGGUGAUGAAAAACUUAAAGAUAUUUCUAAGUGCUUUGGGUGCCGGGAACCAUUAGCAAAUUAUACGCGCUUUUCUCCUUGCCGUGGAUUUAACUUACAUGAGAAAUGCACUGAGAUUCCUUUCAAAUUGAAUCAUGUGUGGCAUUGCAAGCAUCCUCUUCUCCUAUAA